AUGGAGUUGCCUUCGUCUUCUCUAAAGCGAUGCGUUCUUUGGCUCUUUGUCUUCUGUCUUCUCAAUGUUUCCACCAUUAUCUCGCAUUCAUUGGAAAAAGAAGCCGUGUUUUUUGAUGGGAAGUUUCAGGCUUUGUAUGUUAUAGGGGACUCAUUGGUUGAUGCAGGGAACAACAAUAAUCUUGAGACGAAAGUCAAAUCGAAUUUCGCGCCUUAUGGUUCUGAAUUUGAAGGAGGCAAACCUACUGGUCGUUUUUGCAAUGGCAAAACUAUUGCUGAUUACAUUGCUAUUUAUUAUGGGCUUCCUCUGGCUCCAGCUUACAUGGGAUUAUCAGAAGAACAAAAGAACAAUAUCUCAACUGGUAUUAACUACGCUUCUGCUAGCUGUGGGGUUUUUCCUGAGACAGGAACGAAAAUGGGACACUGUCUCUCACUGGGUGUCCAAGUUGAUCUAUUCGAGAAAACCAUCGAGCAGAAUAUGAAGAACAGGUUUAAGACCGAGUCAGAGCUCAGUGAACACUUGGCUGAAUCGUUGUUCAUGACCUCGAUAGGAGUUAACGAUUACGCUUACACCUUUAAUAAGACAACCGACGAUCCAAAAGAAUUCGCAAAGAAGCUCCACAAUGAUUAUAUGUCACAAAUUAAGAGAUUGCAUAGAUUAGGAGCAAGGAAGUUCUUCGUCAACAACCUUAAACCACUAGGAUGUUACCCAAACGUUAUAGCUUCUACCGUGCCACGAGGAAGUUGCAACGAAGGUAUAAACCAAGCGAUUUCCCUUUUCAACGCCAAGCUAAGAAAAGGCCUGACUCCAUUGAAGCAAAAGUUAUCCGGCACUUCCUUCUUGUACUCAGAUUACUUCAACUUCAUGUUGGGACUUAGAGGACCAUCGAGCAAUCAAGCUAGCUCGAAUCUCCUAGACUCGACGAGCCCAUGUUGCCCUAACGUGUAUGAUGGAAAGCCGUACACAAGCUGCAUGUCAAACUCGACAGCGUGUACGGUGCCAGAUUCUCAUAUUUUCUUUGAUCCAUUUCAUCCGACUCAGCUGGCGAAUUUCAUGUACGCGGUUCGGUGUUUCCAGGAGAGAAAGGUUUGUCAGGUUGUGUGA